ACCAGGGGUGGAGCACGCAGCUGCUUUAAAAAGUUGGACGGCUGCACAUCGCAUUGAUUAUUGCACUGUAAUUUUCGUAGUUUACUGGAGGAUACAUUAACAUAUCUAUAUCAUAUCUAUAUAACCGUGCUGGGAUCUCAAAACAGACGAACCUUGAAUAAUGUGUGGGAUUUUUGCUUACCUGAACUAUCGAGUGCCACGGACGAGAAAGGAAAUCUUUGACACGCUAGUGAAAGGACUACAGAGACUCGAGUACCGGGGGUAUGAUUCAGCGGGUAUUGCUGUUGAUGGGCCAAGGAAGGAGAGUUGUGGCAGCAUUUGCCUGUUUAAGAAGAGGGGUAAGGUAAAAGCCCUGGAUGAAGUUCUGUGCAAAAAUGACUCCAUUUACCUGGAUGCUGAGCUGGACGUGCACUUUGGCAUCGCUCACACUCGCUGGGCAACACACGGAGAGCCCAGCGCUGUCAACAGCCAUCCACACCGCUCUGACAAAAACAACGAGUUCGUUGUUAUACAUAAUGGCAUAAUCACCAACUACAAAGAACUCAGGAAGUACCUGAAUUCCAAAGGCUAUGAGUUUGAGUCUGACACCGACACAGAGGUCAUCCCCAAGCUGAUCAAGUAUCUCUAUGACAACCGGGAGAACGACUUUGUGUCCUUCUCCACCCUGGUGGAGCGCGUCAUCCAACAGCUGGAGGGGGCCUUUGCUCUUGUCUUCAAAAGCAUUCACUUUCCAGGAGAGGCCAUCGCCACAAGGAGAGGAAGUCCUCUGCUGAUCGGUGUGCGUAGCAAGUAUGAGUUGUCCCGGGAGCAGAUCCCCAUCCAGUACAACAGCGGUGACUUCAAGGCGGGCGUGCAGAAGAGAAAUUUCCGAAACCGAGUGGACAGCAGCACGUCCCUGCACUCCGUCUGUGACCGGAAAGCAGUUGAAUUCUACUUUGCCUCUGAUGCCAGUGCCAUCAUCGAGCACACCAACAAGGUGGUGUACCUGGAGGAUGAUGACAUCGCGGCGGUGGCGGACGGCAAGCUGUCCCUGCACCGCGUGAGCCGCAGCGCGGGAGAGGAGUCGGCACGCGUCAUCCAGACCCUGCAGAUGGAGCUGCAGCAGAUCAUGAAAGGCAACUUCAGGGCUUUUAUGCAGAAAGAAAUUUUCGAGCAGCCCGAGUCCGUUUUCAACACUAUGAGAGGAAGGAUCUGCUUUGAUACAAAUACAGUGAUUUUAGGAGGGUUGAACGAUCACCUGAAGGAGAUCAGACGAUGCCGGCGUCUCAUCAUCAUUGGUUGCGGGACCAGCUUCCACGCCGGGGUUGCGACAAGGCAGAUCCUGGAGGAGUUGACAGAGCUGCCGGUGAUGGUGGAGCUGGCCAGUGACUUCCUGGACCGCAUCACGCCCGUCUUCAGAGACGACGUCUGCUUCUUCAUCAGCCAAUCAGGGGAGACAGCAGACACCCUGAUGGCCCUGCGCUACUGUAAGGAUCGCGGUGCUCUCACUGUGGGAGUCACCAACACUGUGGGCAGCUCCAUCUGCAGAGAAACGGACUGCGGCGUUCACAUCAACGCCGGGCCAGAGAUUGGAGUGGCCAGCACAAAGGCCUACACCAGCCAGUUUGUGGCGCUGAUCAUGUUUGCCUUGAUGAUGAGUGAGGACCGGCUGUCCCUGCAGAAGAGGAGGCUGGAGAUCAUCAGUGGCCUGCGCCAGCUACCAGGUCUGAUAAAGCAGGUGCUGGCUCUGGAUGAGCACAUCAACAGGAUAGCAGAGGAGCUGUACCACCAGAGGUCCCUCCUGGUCAUGGGACGCGGAUACAACUACGCCACCUGCCUGGAGGGGGCGCUGAAAAUCAAGGAGAUCACGUACAUGCACUCGGAGGGCAUCCUGGCGGGAGAGCUGAAGCACGGGCCACUGGCGCUGAUCGACAAGGACAUGCCCGUCAUCAUGGUGGUGAUGAGGGACGCCUGCUACACCAAGUGCCACAACGCCCUGCAGCAGGUCACCGCCAGACAGGGGCGGCCCAUCAUCAUAUGUUGCCGUGACGACCCUGAGAUCACAAGGUGUGCCUAUAAGACCAUCGAGCUUCCCCAGACGGUGGACUGCCUGCAGGGCAUCCUCAGUGUCAUCCCCCUGCAGCUCCUCUCUUUCCACCUGGCCGUGCUCAGAGGAUAUGAUGUGGACUGCCCUAGGAACUUGGCCAAAUCUGUGACUGUGGAGUAACUUCUCACCCAAUGAAGAACUUUGACAAACUGGAGGAAAAAUGAAGAUAAGACACUUAAGUGCAAUUAUAUAUUAUGUUGUGUUUACUUUUUGUGGGGUGUGUAUAGAUGUGGGGCGCAGGUCUGCACACGUGAGAAUGAAGGAAAGCAUGUGUAUGGCUGUUUACAAUCAAAAUCAUGUCCAGAUUUUCAUUUCUGACCAAAUUCAGAAGCAACAUUCCAAGCAACAGAAAGAGUGUUGCUACUUCCUUCUUUGAACUUUAUUUUAUUUCCUUUUUUAAAAAAGAAUAGAUAAUUUAAACUAUUUGUAUUAUUUAGUGCCUUUAAAGCACUUUUUGUGACUCUUUCCUCAAAGAAGUGAAGGGAAUUCUAAACUGUGCCUUAAAAUCUACUACACUUUGUUUUUAAGUUACAAAGGUGAAGAGCUGUGAUGUGAAUUCAGUGGUGGUACUGGAAAAGAUAUCUUAAAGCAGUACUAAGUAGUUAAACAUUUUUUUUUCAUCUUUAAUCUUAAAAUAAUGACCGCAGUUACAUGCAAGGAAUAUUCGGAACAAAAUGGUGGAAAUAUUCGGUUUGUGCAUGAGUAACUCUAUUCAUUCCAAAUGUGGCUGUGUUCAGAAAACACUCCGGUUGCAGAACGCUGUUCCACGCGUGUAAACAGAAAAUUCCGGAACUCGUGUUAAACCGAAUACUGACAAUAUUCUGUUUGAAACCAAAAUUUUCCCUCAUGUACGUAACUGCUCUCACUGUUUCCAAAGUUGUGUAAGUGGUUCAUCAUCUUAGUAACAUGGUGAAAGACACUUCUGAAUUCCCUUUUUGCCACCCUCCUAAGGGCCUCCUCACAUCGGCUCCGGCAAAGUGCGGAGCACUGCUCCACCAAAGUUCGAUUCCACUGUUUUCAAUACAGCCCCGCACACCAGCGCCGAUGUCCACAGACAUUCCCGGAUGUCGGCUGGCGAGUAGGGAUAAGUUCUAUUUUGUCGGAGCCACCCAUUGAUUAUCCAUUCUCUGCUGUGGUGAAAUUGUGUUCGGGGGUAGCCGAAAUUGUCGGAAGCCAAAGUGCUCCGCAGUGCUGUCGGAACCGAUGUGCGGAGGGCCUAAGGCUACAAACACCAAGCCUGUCACUUUAUAGCUCAAAAGAGAGAUGGUUCUGUUCUUAACCAGUGAGGUGACUGAAGGAGAAAACUACUUAGUGUUGCUUUAAAUAGCGAUGUUCUAUUUUAUUUUACAUGUUAUCGUGUUUCUUUUGAUGUUGUAUAUAGAGUAAUAUAUACAUGAAGAAAUUAUUCUUUUUUAUCGAUUGUUGCAGAGGUGAAAUGUAUCUCUUUGUUUCUCAUCUCAGAAAUAGGGCUAGUGAAGGCAAGGUUUGGUGAGUGCAUGAAAUGACAGGCAUGGUACAAUUUCAUUGUUUCGUUUUGUUAUUUUUGCUUGUUUUUGGCAGCAUCAAAUGAAGUGCUUUUAACUGUUUACCAUGCCUCAUGUCAGUGAAGGACUCCUAAAUGGCGAUAAUGUUGUUUCUCUGCCCUUGUUGACUGUGCCAAUUACUUGAUUUUUCUAUAUUUUUUUCUUUUAUUUUGUUACGAUUGUUAUUUGAAAGCCGUAAUAUUGUAAUGUUCAGCAUGAUGUACUGUUUUCCUGUGUCAUUCCUUUGGGUCUUGAUUUUGUAACUAGUAACCUCUGGAAAGGUUCUCUGCUUUUAGCUUGAGUGACCCUUUCCAGAAUCCUAGUCAAAACUGGAACAAAAUCAUACUUGACUGGCUGAGAGGCUUGCCAAUGACUAUCUGAACUUCCCUUUGGGAAUGAGGCUAGAUGUGAUGUGAAAACCAGCAAGCAAGUAGAAGCUACAAUGGCUACGUUUACAACACGCUUUUAAUUCCGAAUUAAUAAUUCAGAAUUAAAUAGUUCCGUCGAGUUUACUUUGAUCUUUCGUUUCAUUCCGAAUUGUGAAGUGUUAACAUUAUGUUUUCAAAGCGGAAUUAAGCUUUAUUCAGAAUUAAAGUGAGUUAAUUCUGAAUUAAAUGUCUCGUGUAAACGAGGCCAAGAUGAGACGUGGUUAUUUAUUAUCAACAGCCAAUCUGCAUGAGCACAGUAGCAUGGGCCAAUGAAGAACCUAUUCAGUUUUGAAGCAAAUCAAAAUCACAGGAUAGAUGCAAAUGAUCACACUACAUCUCUGUUUCAGUGUCAUUGCAAGAAUAGGGCUUCCUUGUCUUGGUACAGUCUGGGGCUCUCUUAAGGUGAUGAUACACAGGGCAACUUUGUUGCUGGGCAACAACAUACAUAAUUGGCUCCUAAUUUGUCAUUUGUCUGCUGCUGAUCCAUGUUCUCUUGGUAAAAGUGUUGUGUAGUGAUAAACUGUCCAAAUUAAAUCUUAUAGUGAGGUUUCCCAAAAGUGUUACUCGAAAAGUUGCCUAGCGUAUCGUCACCUUAAGGGUUCAUCAUAAUUGCAUUGCAUCAAUUGCAUGAAGAAAGCUUUAAACUAUGCAUCAGUACAUUUGUGAUCAUGUGUUUGUUUCAUUUAUGUACAGGCUUAUUUCAUGAAAAGCACUAGAGGAUCACUAGGCCUACCAAUACACCGUUUUCCCCCUUAAUUUGUGUUUGCAUUAAUGAAAAGCAUUGUUUUUUCAUGUACCAAGGUAAUGCAGAUAUUGAGGGUUUCUGUUCUUCUACCUAAACGUCUCUGCCGAUGGCUUGAACAUAAAUAAUAUACUGUACUGUACAGUUGUAUCAGCAUACCCAGGGCAUUGAUAUGUUGGACUCAAGUGCCUUUUUCUCCAUUACCAUGUCUUUCAGCCUGUGGACGUGUGAAGCCAUGUUGUACAUUGCUCAGAGAACAGCUGUACAGUAUGCAUGUCUGAGAACUAGACGUGUGAGAACCAUCCAAUGAAUCUCUGGGUGAAAUAAGAUAUUUUAAGGCACUUGGCUACAAACCCCUUCCCAGCCAUAUUCUCAGAGUGUUACAGCCAUGUCAUACAGAAACAUCAGACCACCCAAGAAAUUAAUAAUUUGAUCAGUUGAAAUGGGCAUAAAAGUUUCCCUAGUAAUAUAGUUAGUUAUAGCAUGAAUAUGGAAAGACUGGAAAUGUACUCUUGUCAGAUAUCCUAGUUGUUUCAAAAAAUGAAUAUGCAUACUACAUUACGAAUACCAUAGUAGUAGAUGCAGUUCAACAGGACAGAACAACUACAUGAUUUUUUUUGUCUGUUUUGUUUUGUUUGUUUGUUUGUCAUUUACAUACUACACAAUGUACCGUCACUCACUCUUUCAUAGUACGGGUCGCCAGGAGUGGUAAGGAGAGCGCAGCUGCACAGCCCACUAUAUACAGUAUGGUUAUUAUAAAACUAUGAAGGCCUACUCACAUCUCAAAUGGACUUGAGCAGCCACAUCACCCACAGUGAAAUUAAUUAUGGACUUUUAAAAUUCCUUUUCAACAGAGUUCACUUCCUAUUCAGAAGGAUGUGUAGUGAAUUGCUGUUUACUUGUAUGACUGCCUAAUUUUGUGUUUAUAUUGAAUGCCAUGAUUAUGAAUAAAAAGAAAACUGUUUAUACGA